AAAGGCGCGAAAAUAUUUUGAUACAAUUUGACAUUUACUCGUAAACAUUACGAAAUGGGAUAUUUUCUUUGAUAAAUAUUAUCUAGUAUGAAUAUGAAAAACGGUGAAAUAAAAUCAAACGAACGAGAUUCACCAAAGACUCCGGGUGGUAUAAGCAAAUCGCAUUUGACGUCAAUAAGACGUCUCGGUCUAUCUCGGAAAUGGAAGAAAUCUGGAGUUUCGCCGUUUGUUUCUCCGCUCGCUUCUAAUAAUGUAACGAAAACUGCGGAUAAUAUACAGGAGGAUACAAGGACAAGGAAGCGGAAACUACAUUUAGACGAUGACCCACAGCUUUCGCCUGUUGGUGAUGAAAAAAAUGAAAUCAGAGACAUUACUACAACACCGCCAGUUGGUAAAGAGAUACCUCAUACUAACGAUAGCACUCCUGUAAGAAAGGCAACACGAAAAAUAUCUAGAACGUUACCAUACAAAGAUGAAGACAUUGUAAUUACGGUUAAAAAUAACAUAGAAGAAAAUUUAAGCAAAAUAAAUGAAUCUAUAAGAAAUGGUAAAGGAAAACAACCUAGUGAAGAUAUUUCACCAAAAAAAUUAAUACAAUUAGAAGAUACAAGGGAAAAGAAUGGAGAAAUAGCUAAAAGUGAUAAUCUACCUAUUGAAAACAAAAAGACUAAAUUAAACAAUAUUUGCAAUACAAAUGAAAACAAAACUGCAGUUAAUCCUGAAAUGCCAAAUAAAUUGAUAAAAGAGUGUAUAGUUGUAAUACAAAAUAAAAUAUUAAAGAAAACAGGAAAUAAAACUAUUAAAAAUACUGAUACUUUAUGUGAUUCUGACAAUGAAGAUAUACCUUUAAGUCAUUUUAAUAAAAACACACAAGAAAAUAAUAAUUCUGAUGAUGAAUUCAAAUAUAAGGAAAACAAAUACUCAUCAAAAAUCCAACCAAUACAGAAAACAAAAUCAAGAAGCAGUAAGAAAAAGCAAGACAAAAAAAGUAUGAAAGAGGAUAAAGAAAAAAUUAAAUCAUCACAAAGUUCCAACUCUUUUAGUGAUGAUGAUGAUUUCGAGUUGAAUAGAAGAGUGAUAUUUUUCCCUAAACAUGAUAAAAUCAUUAAACCAGUCAAAGCUAAAUCAACUGGAUCGAUAACACAAAAGGACAUUGAUGAGUUAAAAGCUCGAAUCGAAAUUAAAAAGAAACUUCUUUUCGCAAAAGCACAGAGUAAAGAUACUGAAGAAGUUAGAGGUUUAAUUAAAAAAUGGCGUAAAGGUUGCCAGGAUGCUUUAAUGGAGCUUUUACAGUUAAUGAAGAAAAAAAUACCUGAUAAUUCUGAUAUGAAUUACUCUAAUAUAUUAGAUAUGUUAAAAAUACCACCUUCUUAUGUAGGUUAUGACGAAGAUAAUGAUUGCUUUAGUACUCCUGACGAUAGUAGCAUUCUAACUUCUAUAUUUAGUGAUCUGUAAGACUAUAUUUUAGAUUAUAUCAUAGAUAAAUAAAUAUUCUAUGAAAUUGUUAUGAAAUAAAAGAUUGUCUAUGCCUAUUUCCUUAACUAAUUACGACACCAGGAAAUAGGACCUUAUUACUUAAAUUGCAUGGUUUGUUUCAAUUGGAUUUAACUAUAUUUAAUUUAUUCUAAGAUGAUUGAUAAUAAAUGUUUUUUGUUA